AUGUUUUCAACUCUGGUGGAUUUUUUUCGAGAGCAGAUAUUCACGUUAAAAGAAGGCAGUUAUCCGUUUUGGCUUAUGUAUCGUGGAUAUGUGAGUCCAUUAGGAUCCCUUUUACACGCAAGGAUGCUUCGAAAAGCAAAAGAACAAUUUCCGAAAGGACAUCGGAAACUGACUACAACAACAUAUUCCGGUGUCGUUGUCACAAUCGUCAGCUUUGCAUACGACAAUUACGCAUAUAUUGUGCGCAAAAAUAUGGACGUCAACCAGUGUUUGAUUGUUGAUUGUGGUGAUGGAGAGAUUAUAAUCGAUAUAUUGAAAGAAUUUCAAUGGGAUCCUAUCGCUGUUCUCACAACUCACAAACACUGGGACCAUUGUUAUGGUAAUGCGGCCCUUAAAGUUGCUUAUCCGAAUGCUUGCUUUAUUGGUGGAAAAGUUGAUCGACCCAGCAUUUGUACAAGGUUAGUAAGCGACGGAGAAGAACUCGAUCUAGCCGGUAUCCUUAUUAAAGUUCACGAGGUAUUCGGACAUACUUUGGGACAUGUUGUUUAUGAGAUUAAUCAAGCAACCACUUCUACUGAUCCACCGAUUAUUUUUACAGGGGAUACAAUCUUUGUUGCUGGAAUAGGUAAAACUUUUGAAGGCACCAAUGAACAAAUGGUUGCCUCUCUCGAUCAAUUUAAAAACAAAUUUUGCCUUGGUACGAUCCUUUUUCCUGGUCAUGAAUAUGCACGAGAUGGACUUGGAAUGGCCAAUUACUUAAAUCCAAAUCAUGACACGGUUUAUAAAGCUUUUCAAAAAGUCGAUGCCGAAUAUUUGCAAAGAAUACCAUCGGUUCCGACAACUCUUGGCGAUGAAUUUACGUGGAAUCCUUUUCUUCGAACAUCUCAACUAACUGAUGGAGCUGUCACGUUGAUCUCUUCGUUUUUGCAAGAUUGUGGUGAAAAGCGAGUUUGCAUGAGUGGAAAAGACAAUGUGAGAAGGGAAUCC